UUUGCAGCCACAACAUCUUUCACAUUAUACUUGUCUUCCAUCCAAUUACGUAAACGGAAUAUAUUAUCAUACAUAGAAAGAUAGAUGGGUGCUUGUUUGUCUUCCUCUUCCGUCAUCGAUGCAAAAGAUCAGAAACCCUCCUCCGCCUACGUGAUAUCAACCAACGGAGAGCUCCGUCAAUAUACAGUUCCCAUCAACGUCUCUCAAGUUCUUCAGUCUGAGAUGUCUUCUGAGGCUUCCUUCAUCUGCAAUUCCGAUCGCCUUUACUUCGACGAUUUCAUACCUCGUUUGGAUUCUGAAUACCAGCUUCAGCCCGGUCAGAUCUAUUUCGUGCUCCCUACUUCCAAGCUUCAGUAUCGCCUGAGUGCGUCUGAAAUGGCAGCUCUUGCCGUUAAAGCAAGUGCUGCUCUCGAGGACCUCAAUAAAAACAACCGUCGCCAUUCUAAGAAGUUUAUAAGGAAGAAUAAGAAGAGUAAUUCUCGGAUUUCACCAAUGCUUCUCCAAGUGGAAGAUGAAUCUCGAGAUAAUUAUACUCAAAGUCAAAGCAAUUAUAAGGCUCCGUCCAUGGGGCUUGGGGUUUCCAUGAGAUCUGCUUCUGUUAGAAAAUUGCAGCGAAUAUCUUCGCGGCGGGCAAAGAUGGCUGUGCGCUCCUUCAGGAAGCUUAUGACCAUUCAAGAAGGAUCCGUUCUCUUGUUUACUUAACCAAUUAAUUACUUCAUUAUUUUGUUCUUUUUUUCUUUUGACGCGAGCGUACGUGAAGGAGAGAGGUUUCUCCUCAAUUUCACUUUCCUUGGGCAGUAACAUGCUAUAGGUGGUAACGUGCCCUCAUCUUCUCUCGCUCUCGGCGUGUAAAUAAAAAUAUGUGGGAGUUGCAGAGCAUAAUAUCAAAUUCGGCUGUUUGUAAACUUACUUGUUUAAAGAAGAAGUAUACGUUAGUAAUUAACCUUUUUGUGCAAUUCCCUAUUUUCUUGUGAAUUGAAAUAGUAAAUGAUCAAAAUUAAA